AUGUCGAGCGAGGAUGAACAUCCGCAGCUCGCUGACUCCCGGGGAGGCCAAACGGCAACGGUACAAGGGGAGCAGGCGGCGGACAGGGGUCAUGUUCCUCGCCCCUCCAGCACCAAAACCUCACCAGCUGGCGACGCAGCUAUCUCGUUGGGCCUUAACCCGCCUGUACCUAUUCGUGGGAUCCGGAUGAAAUUCGCCGUACUGACAAGUCUAAUGCAAGCCGGUGAAGUGACCAAUCGCGACGUCGUUGAAACCAUAUUUAACCUGCUCGUAGGAGGACAGUUUGACUUGGAGAUGAAUUUCAUCAUCCAAGAUGUGGAAAGCAUUGCUUGCAUGGUGAAGCUUUUGGACAACUGUGAUGUGACCUGCCAAGCUGAAGUUUGGAGCAUUUUCACAGCAAUUCUGAAAAAAAGUAUUCGUAAUCUACAGGCCUGCACAGAUGCUGGAUUGAUUGAACAUGUUCUUAAAAGAAUUCAUGGCGUUAACAAUAUGAUAGCAGAUCUGCUUGUUGAUAUGUUAGGAGUGUUGGCGAGCUACAACAUAACAGUCCGUGAGCUGAAACUACUAGUUAGCAAAGUGCAAGGAGAGAAACAACAAUGGCCUCCACAUGCAGUGAAAUUAUUGACCAUACUGAGACAGGUGCCACAAAAACUUAGUCCUGAUGCUUUCUUCAGCUUCCCUGGGAAGAGUGCUGCGGCAAUAGCUCUGCCUCCAAUUGCUAAGUGGCCCUAUCAGAAUGGCUUCACUUUUCACACAUGGCUUCGAAUGGAUCCUUUGAACAAUAUCAAUGUAGAUAAAGACAAGCCUUACUUGUAUUGUCGUCCUUUGAUGGACUCCGACCAAACCAAAAAGAGAUCCUCUCCUUACGAGCUCUUUUACUACUGUUUGUGA